AUCAAGGGAAGUUGGCGAGACUCGGAAGCUAGCAUUCACAAUGCCCGUCAGACACGCAGACAGACAAGCCGCGCGCCGCUCGCGGGUGGUGGGGAACACUGGUCAAUACCCAAAGAUGGAUAUCCGGAGGCACGCCACCAGCGUGGGCAGCAUUCUGAUACUGUCCCGCCACCACCAUAUCCAUGCCCGCUGGAGCCGGCUCGCAGUCAAUUUGGCUGACCCGAAUUUCCCGGUGUGCGACAACGUUGCUGCUGCCCCUGAAGGUGGUGGUGGUGGUGGUGGUGCUGCUGCUGCUGAUGCACUCCUACGACUUACUUUUCCUUAGACCCUAUGCACUCUCUGACUGGGGUUUUCACACAGAGGCGCCCGUUCCAUGCGGGCGCACUCCUCUCUCUGUCCGUGUCUGCAAGCUGCAGGCGCCUGCAGGCCCAGGCGCAUGGAUCGUUGCAGGGCCGCCACCACCGAGAGCUGCAGGCAGGCAAAAGAAGGGAAGGGGUGCAGCAGCAGCAGCGGCGGCGCGCCAGUUGCUGCAAUGUGGGUUGCAAAGUUCAUGCAGCUUCAGCAGCAUCCGGCUGCAUUUUUUCAAGGAGGAGGAGGAGGAGGAGGAUGAAGGGCGAUAAAAAGCCCGCCGGGCUAUUGUGCGGCCUUGAUUCAUCCCGCCCAUGUUGACCCUGCAAAAGACGUUGUGUGCGUGCGUGUGCGUGUGUGUGUGUUUGUGUGUGUCUGUCUGGAAGCCCGAUGUUCCUGCCCCCAAGCCGGCCA